AUGUGCCAAGCGGACAAGCGUGUUCUGCCCAUGUCCGAGCCAGGAGCUUUCGAUGCACGGAGUCAAAACUGCAACAAUGCGGCCCAUAUGCUCCGUCACCUUCGCCUACUUUCCUGCCAGGCCAGGGGCGAGCAGUAUACCCAAGAAUCCUUCGACGGUGUUGUGCGAGUUCUCUCUGCAACGGUUACACUGGAGAAGGUCACGAUUUCUGGUCAUUGGACUGUUUUAAAGUCCGGACAUGUCUACACCUACUCCUACCUGCUCAAGUCCGCUAGUAUCGAGGAUAUCACCAACAAACAGUGGAAUGAGGUCUCACGUUAUCUCCAAAAUGGCAUCAAAUAUAUCAUCCAAAAGACAAGACAGAAUGUGGAGGACAACCUGAAAUACAUCAAAGACAGUGGGUCGAGCCGUAAACGCCGCCGCUCUUGA